GAAUUAGUAAAGUAAACAGUCCCAUAAUACUGUACCUACACAGUAAAUGCAUACAGUAAAUUACUGUAGAUCUACUGAUAGGAGAAAAAUAGUGUCCACAACUUCAAAGAGUUGAGUAUGGCUACUUCUGAAGGUCAUAUCAAGGAGACCCGUGAGAUCCAUAUCUUAGUGACCGGUAAAGCAGGCAGUGGGAAGUCAUCACUCGUGAACGGGAUACUUGGCUUGAAGAUCAAGGAUGAAGGAAUAGAUACUAUCUAUGGUGAAGGAGAAGCAAAAGAAAAUGACAGCAACACUCAGCUAAAGACAUGCACCACUGAGGUCAAGCAGUACCAGUGCAGGAAAGAUGAUGUGUUAGCCACAGUUUGGGACACCCCGGGACUAUACGAUGGGACUCAGAACCAAGAGGCCUAUGUCCAAGAAAUGGUUGACAAGUGCUCACAAAACAUUGAUUUGAUGAUAUACUGUAUCAACUCAAGUGUAACACGGUUCGUGCCGGGCACUGAAAAUCCAGAGGCUUCCGUCAUUCGCACUUUAACCGAAGCUUUUAGUGAGGAGAUUUGGAAGAAGACUGUCAUUGUUCUUACAUUUGCGAAUACGAUUGAAAAUUUUCACGUUAGCUGGUCAAGACUUCGCCCAAGCGAGAAAGUUGAAAAAUUUGUUGCAGAAAUUCUUAAGUUUGAUAAAAAGGUACGAAAUCUAAUAAUAACAGAGGCGAAAGUUUCAGAAGAUGUAGCACAUGCUAUAAAAAUUUUACCAGCCGGUUACUAUGACGUUCGCAGCCUACCUGAUCGCGAAUAUUGGUUCACAGAAUUGUGGUUCGGUUGCUUGGACACUAUUUCAACACCUGAAACUAAAAACGCUUUCUACUCGAUGAAUGCCGAACGAAUACAGAAUCGUCAAGAUACAAGAGACAAAGAUUUUCAACAAGAUAUCGAGCUUCAACCGAUCGUAGUACAUGACCACACGAAAAAAGAAAUAUUAAUGAGGAUAACAAAAUUCAGUGCAGCUGGAGUUGCUGUAGGAGGUUGCGUGGGCGUUGUUAGCUCAGGGAUUGGAGCAGUGCCUCUAGCCGUGGGAGCUCUCGUUGGGGGUGCGAUUUUGGGUGGAGUGGGAUAUUUCACUAGCAGAAAGAAGGACUCAAAGUAGUUGAUUACAAUUAGUUGUGUACAAGUCCAUUGAUUUACACUCACAAAACAAUUAGUACUUUCCAUGGUAUGGAUCAUCAUACAUACGUA